CACAGUUUUCUUUCAGCUCGAGUGUUAACGUACAGUCGUGAAGAUCUUGUACCUUGUACCUUUUGAGAUCAUAGUCGGAGUGCUGCAAUAACGUUAUUCAUAGAGCGACAUUUAGAUUUCGAUGAGUUCAGCGUGAGAACGUUUUGGUUAGUUCUUGAUUUGCACUGCUGAACUAGUACGCUCUCGUAUGGAGAAAGAGCGAGGGUUUCAGAAACAAUAUGGGUCUUUAGAACGAACGGAUCCAGCAGAGUACGCAGCAAAAACAGAUGAGGAGGGUGUUGUCUCCAUGGCGGACUCCACUGUCACCGCGGACAACAUUGAGGGGGAGCUGUUCAAGAUUGAGAGGAUACGAGAGGUGCUGGUGCGGAGAGAAUCUGAGCUGAGAUACAUGAUGGAUGAUAUUCAGCUAUGCAAGGAGAUCACCAGGCUUAAAAAAGAACUCCAGAAAUUGGUGUCAAUCCCGGAUAAGGACAAGUCCAAUGAGGAUCGGCAUCGAGAAGAGGAGCUGCUGCAGCACAUCCACAAGUUAGUGGAGACUCGGGACUUUCUGGUGGAUGAUGUGGAGUUUGAGAGGCUGAGAGAGAGGGAGGAGGACAAGGAGAUGGCUGAUUUCUUACAGACGAAAUUUCCCACAAACUACACCAAAAAAUCUUCUACACAGCACAGAACAACAAUCUUCAGGGCAAAGCAGACUUCCUCUCCCACUGUCACCAAGACUGGCCUCACCCUGCUUAAAGAAUGUUGUGGUUUUACUUGUUCUAUAAUGUAGAGUGAGGGGGAGGGAUCAAAAGGAGAGAGGAAUAAGAUGAGCUGGAAUCGAGUGAGAGUGCUGCAGGAUUAAGUACAGAAGUACAGUCUAUAGUGAGGACCAGUACAGACAGACAGGGAAGAGGCCCAGACAAUAUCCUUAAAAAAAAAGGUUUAAGAUUUGUUAUUGAUAUGUAGAUUAUGGGAAUUACAAUAGGAUAAACAUUAUGCAAAUUGAUGUAUGUUAAGCAACCAUAACUAAGCAGUAAUAAAUUUCUGCAUUGUGAGGACCAAGUCAAAUUUUACUAAGGGCAGUUAAUAUAAAACCCCUGACUAAGCCAUGGCUUAUAUUUAUAAUAGUAUUGUCUGUCCUUGAAAAACUUGUUAAAUGCCAGGGAUACAUAUUUGAGCUACAUCAGCUAGGGGCUUUGCUGUGUUUUGGUUGACUGUGCCAAGCCAACCCUGGUUUCCUUGAGAUGUUCUGAGAUCUGGCUACAAUCUCUCCCAUCACUGAAUAUAGCCUGAUUUUUAAUUUGGCUAUACCUAAGAGCAACUGCUUGUGCUGAUUAACAGCAAUAGUGAAAAAGAGAGGAAAAAACACAGAACAAGAUGAGGAAGAAGAAAUAAAUACAUUACAGACUCACCAAACAGAAUUAAAAGGUACCAAUGCUUUGGGAAAGCCCAAUCUGAGUCUGAACUCUAACAUAUUUGUGUCGUGUUUUCUCUGUUUCUGUGCUCUUCUCUGAUAUAGUCUGAGGUCCAGUUUAGUGACAGUCUCCUGUUUUGAAUGCAGAGGAAGGAUUGUUUGUAAUUUAUUCUAAUAAUGAUGCAUAGCAAAGACCAGGCUCAUAUAUUUAAUUCAGAGAUUUAAUUUAAUUUAUUUUAGGUUACAGAGGGUGCUAAAGUAAAUAUUGAGUCUCUGCUUCCCCAUUGAAUGUCUAUAUACAUUUACUAAGGCUUAUUCUAGUGUAGUGGGUUCUCUUUUUGCUGCAGCAUCUCAGUUGCAAUCAUAUUUUAUCCACAAGCUUUAUCUUAAUCUUAAGAAUUCUUAAUAUUUUUGUAAUGUGAUGGUGUUGCAGUUGUGUAUUUUUAUUUGUGUCUGUCAUGCUUUUUUUUGUGUGUGUGUGUGUCUGUCAAAGUGGAUUUGUCCCACCCACUUAGCAUAUUGAUGGCAUCUAUGGGCAUAAGAUUUAAAACACCAUCCAUUUUAACAUUUAAAAACACAGUUCAUUUUAGAUUGAUGGAUGGUUCAAGUGGGAGAAGGGAGUCAAAGACGUUAUACCAACUGACUAGUCUUUUUGGUAUAUCCUUUUGUGUGUGUAUUCUUUUAUGUGAUGGAAACAUGAAGCUUCCUUUGUGCUGUUAUCUAGCUAGAUAUAAAUGUUCACUGUUGUUGAAAUAAGCAGGGGUGAUCCACCCUUUGCUUUGUUUGACAUGUUCUUUCAGCCUGUUGCUUUAGUUUGUUUGAGUUAUGGUAUGUUUUUGGAUUUAUUUUUCUUUGGUUUCAUGUGAGCUACACUUGUGGUUUUCUCUUUAGUUUGUUGUUUGUUUGUUCUUUUUCACUUUGGGUCAUUCCAAAAUUAUGUACUCAUGAUGAUGCUAUUGAAAU